UGAACUCUUCGUUUCGCGAAUCUGUAAAUGUUUUGCCCCUGUUCUCUUGAGGAUUAGAUCCAUGAGAUGUGAAACGCCAAGAGAGCGUGCACUACACCUUGGCAUCGUCUCAAGCCCGAGGAUUUUGUCGCGACCUAGAUAGAUCUUAGAGAUUCUGCUUUUCCCUUCUUCAAUAUUUACCUUUGCGACAAAAGUGCAUCAAAAUGCAGCUUCAUUGGCGAUCGACGAUAACAUUGCUUAGUAUCGGGGUAGUAUGGCAAACGACGGGCGCAUUAGGGCAAAGGUUCCGAGUCGGGGAGGAAUCCAUGCGUCCUGUGAUAGUAGACGGAGCAACGACACUUCAGGAUGCAGAUAAUCUACCUGAAAAUGCGAUGGUAGAAAAUAUUGCCGUGUCAGACGUCCCUCGAGUCUCAGAAGUACCGCAAAUUUCAGGCAUUCCACAAGUCGAUGUAAACGAUCCAUGGGAAUCGAAUAGCACGGCAAUACCGACUAGCAUCGCAACGCCAAAGAACCCCGCGACCAGUAGCCAGCCACAGCCAACCGAGCCUGUAGUUCCUAUAGCUGCAUUGCUAUUCUCGGGACCACCAGGACCCAAAGACUGCCGCGGUACGGUGAUGGCGAAAGUACAGCUGCCUAAGCCCGGAUCUCAACACUCGACACCGACAUGUUACAACGUGCCCGGCGUAGCGCAAUGCGCGACAUUCGUUGCAAAUAUGGACGAUGGGUGUCAGGCGCGUUUGUUCAACGAACCAAACUGUCUCACUUUUUCCAACCUAGCCGUAUUUACUCCAGAGCAGAAAGCUGUUGGUGGACUUCUUCGGAGCAUCGAAAUUACUUGCGGGAUCAAGGGCGAAACACCACCACCGUUAAAUCUUCCAGGCUUGAAAUUGCCGCCAAAUGCUCAACAAGCCGUCGGAAAGUAAAUACGAUUAGCUACCACUGUCGCGAUGAAGGCCGGAAAUUCAGCUCAUUGGAACC